AAUGGUGGCAUCGAUUGGCUUAUCCAGCCGUAUUAAAGCCCUAUUAUCGGGCAAACCGCUACACCGACGAAGGCUCCCCUUACGUCUUUCGAAGCAACUAAAAAUUCGAUCUUGAAAUAUCGAACAUGUUCCCCACUUGAUGUUCGUUGUUGAAAUUCGAAAUAAAACGUCGAUACGAGAAGAAUUGUUUGACGAUUUCAUCCCAAAAAUGGUUUACAUGAAAACUUGCUGCUGUUGCUUUAAAAAUACUAGAGACGGAUCCAUGGCUUGUGCCAUUUUUUACAUGGUUACGUGUAUGAUAAAUGCAUAUUUGUAUGUUUACGUGCUGAGAAACAAAGAAGCUUUACAUUCCUCGGCCGAAAUGUUGAACAUCGAGGAAGAAUCUGCAAGGAAGAUGUACAUUUAUCAGUUGGCAGAUACAGUAAUUACGUUCCUGUGCAGUAUUUUCCUGGCAGUUGGUGUGAGAAAAGAUAAUCGCUGUCUUUUCUUGCCAUGGAUAUGUUGGAUUUGCUUCGAAUGUUUCGGUUUAGUUGCCAUUGUCAUAUUCCUCAUAUAUUUACUUACAGUUUGGGGAUUUCAUCCUUCCUUGGUAAUUAUUCUUAUCUUUUUGCUGUUUGGAGUUUUAUUUGUGGUUUACAUGCUAUUAUGUGUUCUGUCACAAUAUCAACUGCUUUCUACUAGACCCCAUUCUGACGCAUAUACAAUGCCAAACACGACCGAUAUUUACGAACUAGACGAAAGCAUGGGAUGCGUAACACCAAAUUAUGGAAUACACAAUGAAGCCAGUCCGUCCGGAAUGUCUGUUCCUGUUACUACGUACCAAUCUGUCCCCAGCGACAAAUUUUUUCCAACAAAUGUUUAUGACAGAAAACAAAAUUCGGCAGUUGAAACUUUUUAAACUGCCUUUUUCAUUCCUUGACCUAUUUUAAAAUCUUUGGAUGUGUUCGAGUAAUUUUACAUUCAGCUGAUUUAAUCUUUAUAAAGUAUGGAGAAUUUACAUUAAAAUUUCAUCGGUAUACAAUUUUAUUAUUUUAAAACACUUAUAUACAUCAUCAUAAUAUGGAAUUUAAGGCAGUUUAAAAGGUUCUGGUAAUAUACAGGGUGUCCACAAAGUAAGUAUAGGUAUACCAUAGAGGGGUUAAGCCAGACGAGCGUGGGGCCUCCUUACAGAAAUAUGGUAUCCAGGGCUGUCACUAUCGAUUUAACGAAAGUGAACGGAUCAGUGAUCGUGUCGUGAGUCUAACUACGGUGUGGCACACGUAUGCUGUGCCACACCGUAUGUGUUCGUGGACAUCCUGCAUAUGUCUACAUAUCAACUGUUUAAUUACUGUUGUUAUUUAUUUUCGUUAACAAACGGGUGAAAAAUAUGUUUAAUAUGAUAAGUGUUUAGUAACUUGUUAUAACACGGUGGAAGUUCGUUAAUCCGGCACUCUGAGAUUAGGACGUUACAAAUACAGCCGUACAGUACGUAUUGUACCAGCACACCCUACUGAUUUGUUUUCACACGCUCUAAUCGGUCUAAAGGAGCAGUGUUUAGUCUUUAACGCAUUACCUGUUCAAACGAUCCGGAUUAUCGAAUGUCAAAUUAACUAACUUCUACUGUAUGAACCUCUUUUAGCGCUUCACACCAAACUUUUCAGCACUAGUUUUGGAUCCGGUAUGGCAGCGCUAGCUUUGUCGUUACUCUUUCUUGUUGUAUUGUUAUAUGAAAUGUUUUUUAAGUAAUUGAAGUUGCUUCUCGUGUUUUUAAAGUAUAAAGUCAGUUAAAUAUUCUAUCAUCAGUACUUUAUAAAACAGAUUAUGUGUAUAUCACUACGUAGAAUAAUUCGUAAUAACAAAAUUUACCAGGAUCAGUAGCGGAUUAUGUUCCUUAGAGGCCCUAGGCGCAAUUUUGUUACAAGGCCCUUCGUGUGAAAGAGGAUUUUUUUAUAUUAAAAUUACAAUGAAAUCUUUAAAUACAAACAUGUUUUUUAUUUUUUAUAAUAUACGCUUUUUAAACUUUCUCUAAAUUUUUCGAGGCAUAUUAUCUUUUUGCUAUGUAAUUUUUGAGGCCUACGAGAAGAGGAGGCCCUAGAAACGCGCCUAGUGCGCCUCUUGGUUAAUCCGCCACUGACCAGGAUGCAUAUCAGACAUACAGAUGCUGAUAUUUUUGUAUUGUCUGUUGUUUAGGUUGGUGUUUCUACUGUUUAUAUUUAUAUGUCAUUAUUCUUUGUUAUAAAUAAAUAAAAUAUAUAUAUAUAUAUUAUAAUAAUAAUAAAAUAUUUUCGCACAGUUUUAUAAUUGAUAUAAACUGCUGAAAAAUUACUGUUAUCAGCAGCUUUAUAACACUAAAAUACAGUUAAAUAAAUUAUUAAUUACUGAAAAAAAUCAUCUAACUACAAUUUGAAUGUAGUAAAUGAAGGGAAGUUUUUAUAUUGUUUCUGUUUAAUAACUUCAUUUGAACUGUUGUUACAUUGCCUGAUUGUAAGAAUAAUGGAAAGUAAGAAUUUCUACUGUUUUUCCUUAAUAUUUCCAGCAAAAUAUAUUUUAUUGUAAAAAAAAAAGGAUAAUUACACAAA